CUGGUCCACUCUCCCAUAAAGCCCUCACAUCCCAGGAGUCAGCAGAGGCAAAGCAGGAUGGAGCGGCGACGAGUCACUUCUGCUCGCCGGUCCUACACCUCCUCCGAGAUGUUGGUUCGGAGCCUGGGUCCCAGCCACCUCCUAGGUCCUGGCUCCCGCUUUACCCUGGCUCGAAUGCACCCUCCAAUCCCAGCCCGGGUGGACUUCUCCCUGGCUGGGGCACUCAAUGCCGGCUUCAAGGAGACCCGGGCCAGUGAGCGGGCAGAGAUGAUGGAGCUCAACGACCGCUUUGCCAGCUACAUCGAGAAGGUUCGCUUCCUGGAACAGCAAAACAAGGCGCUGGCUGCUGAGCUGAACCAGCUUCGGGCCAAGGAGCCCACUAAGCUGGCUGAUGUCUACCAAGCUGAGCUUCGGGAGCUGCGGCUGCGGCUUGAUCAGCUCACUGCCAACAGCGCACGGCUUGAGGUGGAGAGGGACAAUCUGGCACAGGACCUGGGCACCCUGAGGCAGAAGCUCCAGGAUGAAACCAACCUGAGGCUGGAGGCUGAGAACAAUCUGGCUGCCUAUAGACAGGAGGCAGAUGAAGCCACCCUGGCCCGUCUGGAUCUGGAGAGGAAGAUUGAGUCAUUGGAGGAGGAGAUCCGGUUCUUGAGGAAGAUCCAUGAGGAGGAGGUGCGGGAACUCCAGGAACAGCUAGCCCGACAGCAGGUCCACGUGGAGAUGGACAUGGCCAAGCCAGACCUCACAGCAGCCCUGAGGGAGAUCCGCACGCAGUACGAGGCAGUGGCGUCCAGCAACAUGCAGGAGGCAGAGGAGUGGUACCGGUCCAAGUUUGCUGACCUCACAGAUGCUGCUGCCCGCAAUGCCGAGCUGCUCCGCCAAGCCAAGCACGAGGCCAAUGACUACCGGCGCCAGCUGCAGGCCUUGACCUGCGACCUGGAGUCCUUGCGUGGAACGAACGAGUCCCUGGAGAGACAGAUGCGCGAGCAGGAGGAGCGCCACGCGCGGGAGGCGGCGAGUUACCAGGAGACCCUGGCCCGUCUGGAGGAAGAGGGACAGAGCCUCAAAGACGAGAUGGCCCGCCACCUGCAGGAGUACCAGGACCUGCUUAAUGUCAAGCUGGCCCUGGACAUCGAGAUCGCCACCUAUAGGAAGUUACUGGAGGGCGAGGAAAACCGUAUCACCAUUCCAGUGCAGACCUUCUCCAACCUGCAGAUCCGAGAAACCAGCCUGGACACCAAGUCCGUGUCAGAAGGCCACCUCAAGAGGAACAUUGUGGUGAAGACUGUGGAGAUGCGUGAUGGCGAGGUCAUUAAGGAAUCCAAGCAGGAGCACAAGGAUGUGAUGUGAGGUGGGCCACCAGGUGGCCCCACAACAUGAGGGGCCUGUAGUGGGAGCAGUAGAGUUGCUUCUCCUUGGAUAGCUCAUUUCUCCAGACCUGAUUCCUAACUGCUGCUCCCCUCCCUCCUCCAUCUCUACACCAGUCUGCUGCCCUAGGCUCAGUCAGCAUUCGGCCUGCC